GCCAUCAUGUCGGACUCGGGCGAGAUAUCGGUGAGGGACGAACGGCUGUCUUUUAAGAGCACCACAAAAAUUGCCCUGGCUUUUUGACCUCCACAAUGCGUGCCUUUGGUUCCGUUUCUGCAGGCGUCACACCAACUUUGCACCGUCUCUAUGGCCGUGUCGAACUGGUACCCAGGCUCCAGCAACAUAGUGGCAUUCCCCCGGCCGCACAAUCAGCCAGACAUACAUUACGGAGGCUUUGGAGGAGUCGUCCGGCGCAGAAUACCAUCUAGGUGCUUCUCUGGCCCAGUGCCCGGUGGUGGGCUGUUUCAAAAUGUACAAAUCGCGAGCCAUUAUCCUUCUGCAAUUUGGGGAGGAAGAUUCUUGAGGGGAAGCAAAGGCAUUUCUUGCCUAACAGACAGAAGCAUCGCAGCACCUGGCGAUUUGGGUUGGACGCUGGAAUAUGCUACGGCGUGGCUCUAUCGAUAUCUGUUCAGCAGCGCGACAGAAGUGACAGAUGCUAUCGACACGCUACGAGAAUUGGACGAUGACUACAUGGGCCCGGAUUUCGCAUACAUGUUCUUCGACCUACUCGAUGACAAGCUCUUCGCUGGAAAGCUACAAGGCGCAGUGUAUCUUCGCUGGAGAUCAAUGCCGAGUAAUUUGCCUGGAGUCACCUCUGCGCCCAAAGUCAUACCUGAGAUAGCACGAGUAUGCAUCGAUCUCAACCGCACGCCUUUUGAGGAUGAUACAGCAGACAUUGACGACUUGUUAUGCGCCAUGAUACAUCAAAUGAUUCAUGCAUUCCUGCUCGUGUGCUGUGGUGCACAACCCAAAGACGAUACACCAGAUGACAGGAUGAUGGACGGACUACAUUUUGGUGUUAUCCUGAUGACCAUCAGAGACAUAACGGUUAAUUGUGUAGAUGGAACAUUGGACCUCAUUUUUCACGCCUCGAAAAGACGCAUGGUGCAGAACAACACGCUCUUUGUGCCUCCGCCGCCUCCGCUAUACCCACUGGACGGCAUGCUCCUUGCUGUGGACCCUCGAGGGCAUGGACACGCCGCAAUGCUGCAUGAUGGGCGGACGCAUUGCAAUCACGACAACCGCCACGUCAGUAGGCAUCAAAUCAAAAAUUGGCAAGUCACUGAAUACUCCAAAGCUCUUGAGGCGGAAAUGGCGGCAAAAGGCGACAAAAUCUGGGACUUUACAGAUGGGGAAACGUUUGAAGAGUUUCUCAGGAUCCAUGCGCCGCCUUCUGCAACAUACAUAGAGCUGCUUUACGACGAUGGCACUACUGCCGAACCAAAACGAAUCAUGGCGAAGAGAGAAAAGGCUCUGAAGUUCAAAAGCUUGAAAGAACCGCUCACAACAUUCCUGAAAUUCGAACUCGCAAUACCGAGCUGCGAUAUCAAAACCUUUAGGUGUAUCUACGACUUCAUCAACAAAGAUGGGUACCUCGCCACCCCACUGGAUCAGGCAGCACAAUAUCCUAUCACGCAGGGCCACGGUCCUCCAGUGCUGAUUAUGCCCCAAGAUCCUCGGCUGCAACAAAUGGCACUGAUCAACAAGGAUGAAAGUGCGAUUACGCACGUGAAAGUUUUCAAAGCUGGUGAGAGCAUGAAAUUCGAAGAGUUGAUGACUCGUGCUAUCCAGCAGCUAUACAGGAUCCCAGUUACAAGUGAGGAUCCGAUUGCUCUGCUGAAAGCAAUAUACAACAUCGAGCCACCUUCGAAGAAUCCGCUGCAUUCAGAAUUGCAUAGAUGGGCAAGACGGUUUUUGUACCGAUGUCCUGGCCGCUCACACAUUGGGUCUCUGAUAGAUACGCCCUCCGUGCACCCGUUGGCUCAUGCCCGAGGUGUACUUUCUGGCAGCUAUUCCAUCUCGAAUAUGCGCAAGAUCAAGACGCGAUAUCCGCAGCAAUUUCGCGAGUUGCUGGAACAGAGUCGCGCUUUCAGAGAAGAUGCUGAGCUGGCGAAUGCUAUGCUUCGAGCUGGAGGGAAUGGCGGCAUACGAAGGACCAUCUUGGGGCAAGAGCAUAUGGACAGGCAUUUGCUCACGUCUGGUGGGAUAAUGCAGUCUGGGUCUCCUCUAGGACUCGCAGCAAGCGGCGGGUUAGCUGGUCUCCUUCCGCCAACAAUACCAAGUGGUAACUUGGCUAAUGCUGGUCUUUUGAACGACGGACUUGAUGGCCUCGGUGUGCUGGGUGGUUCGUUUGGUGAUUUGAGCAUCGAUGGUUUGGAAGCAUCUUUAUUGCCAACUGCUUCGCAUUACUAACGCUGGCACUCGCGUCUCAUCUCUCGGUCACAAUAUGCUGUGUUGGGUAGUGAUCUAGAGACUGCGCUUGUCACCACAAUUUUCCACAACUUGGCACUGCAACAUCUACAUGGGGGACGCUGUGUGCGAAGCGUUGAUAGAUAUGAACAUUGUGGGCAUUGCCCCGGAUUCUACCUCACACCUUCACUUCGCUCGCUUCUUGACGUGCUUUUCGACAGCAUGAGUCUGAUGCAGCCCACG